AUGGCGGAGCCGCCGAGUCCCCUUCGGAGCGCGAUGGUGGCGCCGCCGCCUCCUCAGCCACCGGAGCCCUUCGCUUCCAACCUGGUGGCAGAAGUGCGGACCUCCUCGCGCGGCUUCCACCCGGCCGCCAAGCGCCUGAAGGGAGCCGAGGAGCGGGGCCUCAAGGGCCCGAAGCGCGUCAACGGUGAGGGCGGCGGUAGCAAUAGGCGGCAGGCGCCGCCGCCGCCACCUCACAUCCCGGUGGCACCGACCGCGGUUGCUCCCGGCACCUCGGCCGUGUGGAGCUUCACGGCAUUUUCCUCGGCGGCAACCGCCGGUGGCACCACCAGCAGCACCAGCGCAGGCGGCGGCUCCUUGGUUUUCCCGCCUCAGCUGCCCCACAAGUUGCUCUUGCCGCCGCCCUCUUCCCAUUCCCACCACUGCUUGGCCGCGGGCGUGGAUGGAGGAGGCGGCGGCAAGACCAAGCGGCCCAAAGAGAAAAGGGACAAGGAGAAGAAGAAGCUGGCCGGGCUCUUGGGAACAGCAGGCGACGGCGGCCUGAGCGCGGCCGGUCGGGAGGAGAACGGCGAGGUGAAGCUCCUGCUUCAGCAGCACCACCACCACCACCAUCUCCACCACCAGGAAGAUCAAAUUGCCAGAGAUAAAAUUACAGAAAAGGAUAAGGAAAAGCAGAAAGAAAAGAAGAAACACAGAUUAAUAUCUGAAAUCAAGAAAGAGAAUGGAGAGAUGAAAUUAUUUCAGAAAGGUGUGAAGGAGAAACCAAAAAGCAGUGCAGAAGAUCUACAGAUUAAGAAAGUGAAGAAGAAAAAGAAAAAGAAACACAAAGAGUGCGAGAAAAGGAAGCGUCCAAAAAUGUAUAGUAAAUCUAUUCAGACCAUCUGCUCUGGAUUGCUUUCUGAUAUUGAUGAUCAAGAAUCCAAAGGCAUUGUUGAUAAUCAUCUUAAGAAUUUCAGUGGAAAAAAUAUGGAUCCCAAGAAGGACUGUGAUUACAAGAUACCAGAGAACAGUGAGUUUCCAUUUGUCUCGUUAAAGGAGCCACGGGUUCAGAAUACACUCAAAAGGUUGGACACGUUGGAGUUCAGACAGUUCAUUCAUGUUGAGCACCAGCCUAAUGGAGGUGCUUCAGUUAUCCAUGCCUACAGUAAUGAACUCUCCCAUUUGUCUCCUGUGGAGAUGGAGAGAUUUGCAGAAGAGUUUGUGGGUCUGGUUUUUAGUGAAAAUGAAAACUGCGCAGCUUACUAUGUAAUGGGUAUUGUUCAUGGGGCAGCUACUUACUUACCUGACUUUUUAGACUACUUUUCGAUUAAUUUUCCCAAUUCACCAGUGAAAAUGGAGAUUUUGGGAAAGAAAGAUAUAGAGACGACAACUAUUUCAAAUUUUCACGCUCAGGUAAAAAGAACAUACUCCCAUGGUACAUAUAGAGCUGGCCCAAUGAGACAAAUCAGUUUGGUUGGAGCAGUGGAUGAGGAAGUAGGGGACUACUUUCCAGAGUUCCUUGAUAAGCUGGAAAAUUCACCUUUCUUAAAAUGUACUUUGCCAUGGGGGACACUUUCUAGUCUGAAACUGGAGAGUCGUAAAGAUAGUGAUGAUGGUCCCAUCAUGUGGGUGCGUCCAGGAGAACAGAUGAUACCUGUGGCAGACAUGCCAAAGUCACCUUUCAAAAGGAAAAGAACUACCAAUGAAAUAAAAAACCUGCAGUACCUACCUCGUACUAGUGAGCCUCGUGAAAUGCUGUUUGAAGACCGGACACGAGCUCAUGCAGAUCACAUAGGACAAGGGUUUGAACGACAGACAACAGCUGCUGUAGGAGUAUUAAAGGCAGUGAAUUGUGGAGAGUGGGUGGAACAACCUCUAAUUACCAAAGACGUAAUUUGUUUUCAUGCGGAAGAUUUCUUAGAGGUAGUUCAACGAAUGCAGUUAGACUUGCAUGAACCUCCACUCUCACAGUGUGUCCAAUGGGUGGAUGAUGCAAAACUUAACCAGUUACGAAGGGAAGGCAUUCGGUAUGCAAGAAUUCAGUUGUUUGAUAAUGAUAUUUAUUUUAUCCCAAGGAAUGUUGUGCAUCAGUUUAAGACAGUUUCAGCUGUGUGCAGUUUGGCUUGGCAUGUUCGGCUCAAGUUGUACCACUCAGAAGGAGAACAUACAACCAUCCAUGAGAAAGGCCCACCAACAGAGCCCACAUCUUCAGUGAUAGGACUUCAGACUGACAGUGUGAUCCAUGCAGAAAAGAAAAAUUCCUCCGAAGACACCAAAUUUGUAAGCAGUCUGCACACUAAAUAUGUAAAACAGGAAUUUUCACGUACACAGCCUGAACCUGCUGCGUCUCACUGGAUUAAAGAGGAACCAGUUAAAGUUAACCUUCCUGAAAAGACAUUGGCCCCAAAUUCCAUGGAAUAUCAGAAUGUUAAUGUAAAGUUGGAUCACAUUCAGUCUGAAACUGACUCAGAAUUUGAACCUGAUGACAAAGACUUGCAGGACAGCUUGUGCCUGGAAGAUUGCGUGAAUCUGGAAGACACAAGACAGACUGGUCCAGCAUAUUCAAGUCUGCAUGGCAAGAAAGAGGACUUUUUGUGUUGAAAUUGUUUGUAUAUAUGUUUUUAAAUUCCUUUUAAAACCUAAUGACAUAAUAAUGUAAAGAUGCUUAAAUUCUGUGAGGUAAGUUUGUUACUUGCCUUCAAAUCUGUUACAGAAAAUAGUUUAUGUAGCUUUGUAACAUUCCUCAGUGCCUGUCCAUAACUGUGAAAGUAUCAAAGCACUUAGGGCCAGAUGCACUGUAAACACUGCAGGUGUAACAUAAAGAAGUCUUUAAAUAUGAGUUGUAGGUUUUAGAGUAGAGCUGACAUUUAACAUAUAUUUUUUGUAUGAUGAGCCAGAAUUCUUUUUGACAAUUCCAGGCUUUUCCAUAGAGCUUAUUUAUACCGAUUUUUUUUCGUUUUAAUGUGUCAGCACUGUAGUGUAAAUAGCUUUUUUUUUAAAAAAAGAAAAAUCUUUUUAGUGUGAUUUAUAUUGAAAUGUGAGCCGCUUAAUAAAGGUUCAUAAUAACAAUAAUGGUUUUAUUUUUGGGUCUCUAAAAAAAACAGCCCAGGUUUUUUUGUUUAAUGCCCACUCUUCAACAAACAUGAACAUUCUUGCAUGAAAUAACAAAAUACUUAGAUACAAGCAUAAAGUCAAUCUUUGCAUACAAGUAAUUGUACUGAUGAUUUUUCAUAGAACCCCAUUAUAAGUUCUGAUGUAUUUAAAAAUUUGGAUGAAAAGUUCAUUAAGAGGUUAGACAAGUGGAAAACAAUUCUUUUGUCGUAUCUUCCAUUGAUGGUUGCAUAAUAUUUUAAUUACUUUAUGUUUUUGAGCAAAAUAAUAAUUAGUUACAACAGCCUAAGUGUUGUGCUAAGCCCACAGAAAGCGUAUACAACCUUCUUUUGACUUCCUUUUUAUCUUGCUGUUCUGCAUACGGGAAAGAUUGGCAACUGUUUGAAGGAAAUUUGAAAAAAAUGUUGGAAUGCUUUUAUAUAAUUGAGAGUGCUCCUUGCAAACACUGGGGGUAAUUUUAGACAUCUUAUGUUUUGCAUCUAGAAAACUAGAGAGAUGAGAAAGCUGCUGAGCUGGCGAGAAAGGGGUCCAAGGAUAGAAGGAAGGUCACUUCAUUGUGAACUACACCACUGGACAAACCCAGUCAGGCUUAAUUUUAUUUAACUUUUUGCUAAAACCACAUGCCUGUUUCAAGUUUUCUGUAAUAUCCAAAAGUGGCUCUUUGGGAUCUUAGUACAAAAUCAGGUAACAGACAUCACUAGGCAUAUUUUUCAGCACUUGCAUAUAACUGUUUCUAGAAAACUUUUUGAAUGCAGGUAUCAGAAUCCUAGUUAUGUACUAAAGUGCAUUUGGGCACUAUGGUUGUGUUGGAGAGUUCAGUGUGUCUUCAAUCAUGAAUAGCUUGUGGGGCCUUUUUUUUUUAAUAGGUUGCAUGUUUGUUUAAUUUGCUGGCUCUGUGAGAUAAUGCCAUCCACUCCUGUUAUGUCAGAUCAUAGUUUGAAAAAGAAUUAGCCUAACACAGUACAGUUACAUUAUAGUGCAACAGCACUGGUGGCAGUCUUAAUAAUAUUUCCUACUACAAAGUUUUGGUACAUAGAAUGUAUUCCAUGUUAGUCCAUAAUUCAGUACAAACUAUUACCAUCUCUUGUACUGCUCUAUUGGAUAUACUUUCAUAUGGGAAUACUGGCAGUAUUCUGUCACUUAAUGUGGUAAGAUGAAAAAAGAAACUCCUGUUUUGUAACAAAUUGCAUCUUUAACCAGGUGAACUAGUAUGUUCUUUCAGGACAAUCAUAGAAAAAAUCUGGGACAUGAUCAAAGCCAUCCAUGUAUUGACACAGAACUUGUUGGGGAAGUGGACCCCCAGCCUCAGGAACUGUGUCUAAGAAAAGUAUUAUGACUGGAAGGUUCAGGGUUGACAUUUCCCUUGACGUCCUGGUUUUCUGUAUCCAAGGAGUUCUUGACAUGAGGGCAGCAUUAAAUCAUGCAGUUUGUUCUUCCAUUUUGAUGUGGAAUAAUCCUAAAAAGGCUGUACAACACAAAAUCAUUCUGGGGAAGGAGAAGUGACAGAAGAGAAUGAUUAUGAUUUGAAAGUUGAUGAAGCCUGCAUACCAGUAGCUGAGCUUUUUUAAUGAUUCAUAGAUGUAUCCUGUUAAAAUUGUCAAGUAUUUUUCUAAAUUAUUGAGGAGUCUGUACUUUUUUCAGAUUCAUGGGAGGUUGGAAAAUCUUCUGGGCUUGAAAGGAUGAGUCCAAACAAUUCGCUGAAGGGCUCUUCUGAAGCCUGCAGCAUCCUUUGCUUUCAAGGCCAUCUUCACCAAUUGGGUUGCCACUGGAUACUGCUUCAGUUGGCUUAGCAUUGGUCUCUCUCUUGAAUGUAGAGUCCUUUUUUCUAAUGGAAGUUUGCAUUUCUAUGCUCUCCUGCUUACCCCUUCCAAAUCACCAUGGCAUAGAGAGAAACCAGUUUCAAUCUCCCCAGCUUGGUCAAAAGCAAAUAAUACUCUCAGCCAUUUGCAUUCUAUAUCAUAUGGUUUUUGCCACACUUUAAAAUUCUGAUGCUUGUGAGCAUUUUUAGAACUUGCACAUGCUCACUUCAGUACAAUAAAGCUAGAAUUGUCACAGUGGUUUUUCUUCAUGGUCUUGGUGCAUCACAUUGAUGGGAUCUCAAGUAUACCUAGCAUCCAUCUUUGGCUAAUAUAAAAGCUAAUCCCACCAAUGUAACUGCACCGAUAACCACGUGAAAAAUGCCAGUGACAGGUAAGUCACUGUUUCAAUAUAUUCUUCUAAAUAACAAACAUAGUGUCCAGUUUAACUGUGACCCUUCAGUAAGUAUAAGUAUCACCUCCAAUUAGAACCUUUUUUUGAUGUCUGUCUGUAGUGGUGUUUUAUCCACAUCUGGCCCUAAAAAGUUUUCUAAAAUAAUAAUUUACAAAUAUAAGUCUCUGUAAUUCAAGAUACAUCUCAUGAAACUUGGUAACUGACCUGGUACUCAUACAAGUUCCCAAACUUGGGAAGUUUUUCAUAAAAUGACAAUGCUACUUGUAUUCAGGGAUAGAAUGGAGUCAAGGGUACAUACUAGCAUAUUUCAUGGGAAGGUCUUUACUAAUAUGAGCAUUAUUAUUUAACUCACUUUUUAGCUAUAUUUCUUUAGUGCUUACUAUUUGAUAAAUCUAGUUGGCACAUCAGAGCAAAUAAAAAUAAAUAGCUAAUGCUAUAACUCAUCUUGCUUUGUUUAUUUUUUUGUCAAAUUUGUUAUCAUAUUCUUGUUUGCUUCUCUUCAACCAUCUAUUUUCUUUAAUAAAGACUAAUUCCAGCAGGUAGCCAUACCAGCCUGCUGCUGCCAAAAUAGAGAAAUCGUGCAGCAUUCUAAAAUCCAUACCACUUUACUGUGGCAUAAGCUUUGUUGAACCAGAAUCUUGUCAGAUAUUCAGUGGGCAGAUUAAACCCAGUAACAAAAACAGAAGUAUUUGUGUGGGGAUUUGGUGGGUCUUCUGGGAGGAUCUUGCUUUCAUCUAUGCUACAGUAGUGUAACACAGCUGUAUCCUGGUAAACUGGACCUUCUGGACUCUUUUUAAUUCCUUUUGCUGUUCUGCUCCUUUUAGUUUUUGGGUACAUGCCAAUUGUAUAUGACAGUCUAUGUAUCUAUUGAAGGUAGCGUCUGGCUUACAAAACUCUUCCCAAAAAUGAAUUUGUCUUAAAGGUACAUGAGGGUUCUUAUUCCAUUGUUUAAUACUCACAAAUAGUAGGAUUUUUUUUCUCUAGUGCCCUUUUUAAAAUCUGGAUUUGUUAAUUUCUCAAAUACCAUUAGUUCUCUCUUGGACAACUUCAAUUCUUCUUUUCUCUCUUGUUUUGAGGAGUGGCAUCAGAGAUUGGCCAAAAGCAACAUGUAAGAGUAAGCCUCCUGGGGUGGCCCAAAGGACUCAGACACAUUCAGACCUAACACCCUUCCCCUCAUGUCUCUGUAGUCCACCACCCCUAAGAGUAAGCAGGAUGGGGAUUGGAAUUAGCUGGUGUGUGUGUGUGUGUGAAGCCCCUUCUGCACAUGCAGAAUAAUGAACUUUCAAUCCACUUUCAGUGCACUUUGCAGCUGGAUUUUACUGUGCGCAAUAGCAAAACCCACUUGCAAACAAUUGUGAAAGUGGAUUGAAAGUGCAUUAUUCUGCAUGUGCGGAAGGGGCCUGAGAGAAUGUUAUCUCUCUAGAACACAGGCGUCAAACUUGCAGCCCUCCAGAUUUUAUGGACUACAGUUCCCAUCCCCUGCCAGUUCCCAGCCCUGCCAUGGCUGCCAAUUGGCCAUGCUGGCAGGGGCUGAUGGGAAUUGUAGUCCAUGAACAUCUGGAGAGCAAACCAUUACGUUUAUUAGACAAUCACAAUUAGGCAUGAGCAUUAUGGUUGUAGAUAAAGCACUUUAGCGUCUUUCUUAAAAUCACAUGUUCUCAUUUUCAUUGUAACUAGUGUCCUAGUUUUCUACUGUGUUAAAAUCUUGUGCCAGAAAGCACAAGUGUUUAACUACUGCAUGUGUAACAGAUGUAGUUUCUUUAAUGCAGUUGUUAUCAUCAUCACUAUGAUGGACUGUUAACUGGUGUUUGACAACUACUUCCCAAAUUGUUGUCUAAAGACUUCUGAAAUAGUAAUGCAAACAAAGAAGGAUUUAAAUAGGCCUGUGUAUGCUUGUAAAUAAAUCUUGUGUCUCAGAACGAACAGUUUGUAGAACAGAGAUAAGAAAUAGUAUUCAGAGAUCAAGUUCAUUCUGCCUCACUGUCUGUCUCUAAUUAGUUACAUCAAGAUUAGUUCUAAUCAUCUAUCUGACUGAUAAAUAUACUCCUCCUGUGGCUGUCUUUAAAUAAAGAGCCUUAAAACUCUUCAGUAUUUUUUUAAAAAAACUUGACACCUUGUGCUAAGCCAUAGACAGAAAAGUAAUUUUGAGGAUUUCAUUCCUAUUCCAUUGAAAGUGCACUUGUUCUUACAGAACCAUGUUCUACCCUUGUUACUGUCUUUCAUUUUCAUAGUUGUAGUCCUUACAUGGUGGGGAAUGUGGUCUAAAGAGAAUUACAAAUGGCACUGGAGAGUAAAAUCAUAAAUCUUUGGAGAUUUUGGCAAAAGUGUUCUUAACAUUUCGUAUAGUGAAUAAAUGUUUUCCACAGCAAGAUGUCUGUACUAUCAGUGCAGCAGAAAGGGUUAAAAUGUUGGAAUUUCACAAACAUGUCACACUGGAGAUAAGCUGUUUAAGAUGCAUAGUUUCUUGGGAGAUGGUCUCCAGCAGAACUUUUCAAGGUUAUUGUGUAGAACAAGAGAAGGAUGUUGGGACUGCUACUGAGAUAAGUUAACCAAGUGCAUAUAAAUCCAAAUAAAAGGAAAACCUUUGCCACAUUGAACUUAGCUGCCCUUUCUGGCUGUCUAUUUAAUUAUUUAAGAAGGGCUAUAUAUCCUUUGUAUCUGCCUCUCUAGCUCCACCAAUCAUGUUUUUCACUGGGGAAAACAAGGAAGAGGAAAAUAUGAGCACAAAACAUAACAUAUAAUUCAUAUUUGUCAGUGUAAUACUCAAAUAUUUCACCUUUUUUCAAUCUUUAAUCCCAUUUUACCCAUCAACUAUUUGAUCCUGUAAAUCUCUAUUUUUUAUUAAAACCUUUGUUUUAAGUUUAUUAACUUUAAAACUCACGAAUGCAUUAAAUUCUUUCAGUUUUGACCUUCUAAAUUCAAUAAGGGGUUUUCCAAAACCAAUACCAAGUAAUCUGCAAGGGCUCUUAAUGUAUAGGUCUCCGUCUUUAUUUUUAUACCCCAAUCCUCCCAUCUUGUAUUACAUCUCUGUUCACUGUUGUGUUCUCCACAUGCUGACAGUUUUUAGUCACUAAGGUCUAAUUCCAAGGGUCAAGAAUGAAAAGUUCCAGAACUCAGAGCAGUAAAUCCAAGGGUAAUCUGAAAAUGCAAGUCCAGAAUUUUGGUCAAUAUAGAGUAGAUGUUUUAGAGCAGUAGCAGCAAGGUCAGAAGUAAACAGAUGUGUUGCUUCCAUGCAAUUAUGCCCUUUCCAACUGCUUAUAAAUAUGACAUUAUUCAGGCAGUCUGUGAUGUGCUACAGCUGCUGGUCACUUCAAACCUGCUCCUGUGAACACUCAUCCUCGUUGUCAAUGCUAGUCCAGUGCUGGGCUGCCAGGUGAACACUUACUCCUGUUCUAUAGGACCUUUCUCCUGCCCCAUUCUUUAGGGUCUGAUGGUGAAGGAUGUAAGCAUACUGGCCUUACCAUAGCCAGCUCAGAGAUUGGGAGGAGGGGUGUGUGUGUUGAAGAGUCACUGCUGGUCCGGCUAUGCAUUCAAGUCUGGCUCCAUGAGGGCUUCUUCUUUCCAUAAUACUUUUGCCCGCUGACUACAUCAGAGGAGUCAUUAAUGACUAUUGGACCCAGCUGCUCCAUGAUACUAUUCCCCCCUCCCCUAGCAGCCACCCCACCAUCUGGGGGCAGGGCUGGGAUUUUGCGGUAUACAUAGUGAAACCAACAAACUAGAAUGGAAGAAUGAAUGUUCUUGGUGGGCUUCCAAGAUUGAUAUUUGCGCCCAUACCCUUUCCAGUUGAUCAGGUAUUGAAGCCGCCCUUGCUGAUGCAGAGAGUCUGGAAUUUAGGCUACUUCAAACUCCUCAUGACUCUGGACCAUAAGUGGUGGUGAGGGUGGUGCCGAGGGAUGCAGUGGGUUUUGGGGUGCAGCAGGAACCAGCAGGGAGCGAUAGAACAUGUGGAUCUGCAGUGUUGCCAGGAGUUGCAACCAGUAGGCUACAGAGUUGACUUGUUCCACUAUGUGAAAAGGGCUGAUGAGCUGGGUAUCAAAUUUCCAGAAAGGCACAGACUAAAAAGGUGUUGGGACGAAAUCUGGUCCCCACCCUUCAGAGCCUUCCCAGGCCACUAUUUCCAGUCUGAAGCCAUCUAAUAUGCCUGUUUGGCCUGUUGUAUCUGGUUCUGGAGAAAACUGAGAAGAGCUUGGAGUUCCUGAAUGAGAAACUGCAAAGGUUGGUGCCACUGGAGGAUAAAACUGGGGAUUGUAGCCAUACAGGGCAUUCGAUGAGUGGAGGAGUCUACUGCAUUAUUGCAGGAGAAUUCUGCUAUGGAAAGCAGGUUGAACCAGUUGUCCUGCUGGAGGUUCACAAAACAUCUCAAGUGUUGCUUCAUUGUGGCAUUUGUGCACUCAGUCUAUUUUUAAUCAGUGGGACCUCUUGGCCUACAUAUAAAUUCAUAUAAUUAUAAAAUGUUCUUUGAAUCAUCCAUUAUCUGUUAAAACUUUGUCUCCUUGUGGUUUCAAUAUCAUUUUUCACUCUCCUUUUCAGUUUAUAUGCAAACCUUGUUUGUUUGCAGAUUCAAAAUUUUCUUGUUUUACAUGUUCGUUUUGUUUCAAUUUCUCUUAUCAUUUACAUACAUAAUAAACCUGUUAUUGCAAGAUUCUUAUUUGCUGUGAGAUAUUCUUAUCUCUUGUACAUUUUAAAAAAUCAUCCUCUUAAUCUUUAAAACAUGUUGUAUUUUCUCGUCUCGUUUUCUUAAGUUUGCAGUUAUGUUGUAUCAAGUGACCUCCAAUAAAUGCUUUACUUGCAUCCCAAACUGUUCUCAAGUCUGCCCCAUUCUUCAAAUUGAAUUUUUAAAAAAUUGUUUAAUUUUUUUCUCACAGCCCUGAACUAUUUGAGGUCUUUGGAAGUAGGGCUUCACUGUAUUAGAUUUUCUUUUACAAAUCAGGCUUAUAUGAUUAUGAUCUGAAAAGUAUUUGGUAAUGUUUCUGCCUUAGCUACCUUAGUAGCUAUGUCUGUAGAAAUCCAAAUCAUAUCUAUUGAAAAAAGAUCUGUGUCUAUCAGAAAAAUAUGUAUUCUCUCGAAUUUCCAUUUUUCUGCCUCCUUUAUCCACCUUAUCCAAGUUGUCCAUCAAAUUAAAAAAAAGUUUUCUGCAAUUUA